AUGGACGCAGCGGCUGAGGAGCUCCGCGACGCAGCGGCGCCCCAAGGGCAGGAACGGAAACUAGAUCCUGGUCCUGUUGAUAAAUCUGUCCUUGUGGAACAGGAGUUUCACAAAUCAGAAGCUAUAUUUGUUGGGAAGAUCUACAAACCUGUUAGAUUUAUCGAACAUGGCACCAGGCUUAAUCAGUGGGAAGUGAGACAUGAGGGAAUGCUUGUGUUAUUGAAGCGUUCUGGGUUUUACCACCUAUCUUUCUUGAAGAGGGUCCAGUUAGACCACACUUUGUUAAAUGCACUGGUUGAAAGGUGGCGGCGUGAAAUACAGACAUUUCAUUUGAGGUUUGGAGAAAUUACAGUGCUCUUGAAGGAUGUGGCAAUUCUUACUGGACUUCGUGUACAUGGUGCUCCUGUCACUGGCCUGACAAACUGUAAUUGGGAGCAAUUGUGCAGACAGCUUCUGGGUCAAGAACCUCCACAGAUCAAAGGUGGUUCUAUCAACAUGGCAUGGCUGCAUGACACUUUCAAAACAUUACCAGAAAGCGCUAAUCAGGCAGAUGUAGAGUAUGCUGCAAGAGCCUAUAUACUGUACCAAAUCGGAUGCAGUUUAUUUCCUGAUCCAAGUGGAACUAGAGUGCACUUACGAUAUUUGGCCCUACUCCGUGAUUUCGAUGCCUCAGGAGAGAUGGCCUGGGGGGCUGCUGUUCUUGCCCACCUCUACAGAGAGCUUGGAAAAGCCAGCAUGAAGGGCAAAGCAAAUUGCUGUGCAUUUCUCACUCUUUUUCAGAUAUGGGCGUGGGAGCAUAUCCAGAUAGGCUGUCCUGAACGACUAGAGAAUAAGGCUCUACCCGAUGACCGACCCCUUGGAUGCAGGUGGAAUGUUGCCUUCAAGAGCCGUGAAAAUGCCCGAUCCAUGGACCAUGAGUUUUAUAGGCAUGGGCUAGAUACUAUAUCAGAUUGCCAGCACAUACCAGACCCAGUUGAGGUUGUUGAACGUGUUACAAUGCAGGGUAAAGCUGAUCAACAUUGGCCUACUUACCAUGAUAAGUACAUUAAGGAAUGGGAGAACAGGCUCAUCUCUGUUGUUAAGCACCAGGAAACAGGGACUUCAGAUCCUACUCAUGCAAGGAAUUGUUACCUAGAAUCGUAUUGGCGAAUUACACGUCGUUGGAUCUCCACUCCAGUUGAAUGUCCAAUCAUAUCCUAUCAGUUAUCUGGGCAUACUGAUAAAGUUCUGGUUGAUUUGGUAAAUACAGUGCAGGGACGAAUUAGAACCUUAUUACAAAGUGAAAUUGAUGCAAAAAGGAUGAAGCAAUCACUUAUUGACAUUGAUUUGUACAUCACUGUUAAAAUGGCGGAGGCUAAGCAGUUACUUAAACCGCAAGAGAGAGGACAUGCUUAUGUCUUGAAUUGUUGUGCAGAUUAUGCAAAGUGGUGUCCAACUGGAACAGGAAUUGGAAGUGCUAAAACAGCCACAAUCUCUCUAAAUAUUGUGGCUCCUACUCAAGCUACUGUUACUAAGAUGGAACAGGUUGGUGAUGAUCAUGUCGAGGGAAACACUAUACUGAAGUUGGACGAAAUGAUGAGAAUUCAACCCACGGGAGGUACUCCUGAUUUAGCACUUCUCACAACAGGUGACACCACAAAUAACAAAACUGAAGAUUUGCAUCCUCGAGAAGACCCUCUUGAUUUAACCAUGACAGAAGUAAAUCUUCAGGACAUUAUUAGCACCCCUUUAGAGGAUGCUAUGAUUGAUAUUAUGAACACAUCCUCGGAGGAUGCUACACCAGAGGAUAUUUUAGAUUCAGAUGUGAAGGAUGGUUAUGCGUUCAUAGAGGCUGUGGAAGUGCAGGAGACUGUUGUAUCUAUGGACAGCAUUAAAAUACCCAAGAAGGUUACAGCUGAAUUGCAGGAGUGUGCUGGUGCACCUUUGAUUAAUGGUCAGGGAACAGUGUGCAAAACUUCAGUGCUUCCAGAAUUCUACAAGAUCUCGAGUGUAUCAUCACACAAUGAGCAAUUGCAGAAAAUCACUGGUGCAUCUGAGAAUGAUGUAGACACAAGAAUAGAGAAUGGUACAGGUGAGGGAACGAUCAGUCAACCCUUCAAUGCCAUCGGACCUGGAAAAACCUUGAAUACGUCUAUGAACAAAGAAUUAAGUUCAGUGCCAGGUGAUGUCGAACCUCCCUCUGGCUCUGAACAGGAAGAAUCUGCUGCUGUAGUUUCAGGGCGCAAUGAACUGCAAGAUGCUAUUCAGACAAAACCUGAGGACAGUGUCAUUCAGGGUGGAGUCAAUGCUGUGCAAAAUCAUAUGUUUCAAGAGAAUGGCAAGGACCCAAUUGAAAAUGGCCCUUCGAACCCUGCAGUUGUGCAGAAACCCAUUGCUAUACCUGCUGAAGAUUUGCUUAUCACUAGUGUUGGAGAGAGAACUCAGAGAAGUGUUAAUUCAUUCACUGGAGAAAAGAAUGAUACGAUUGUGCAGAAAAGAAUGAUACGAUUUGCUGGCGUUGAGGACCAUGACAAUCUAGGUCCAAAUGAAAUAACUAAAAAGAGAAAAUUGAUGGUUACUUCACAUGAAAAUCCUGAGAUCCGUUCAACCAUAGAGCCUAAUAAAAUGGGAACCGCAAAAACAGAGGAGAAAAGACAUCAGACUACUGCUUCAGUAUAUCUGGAUGUUCAGCUUCAUAUUGAAAGACUAUGCGUCAAGGCUGUGAGCCUGUGGCACUGUUCUUUUGAUUUCAGCAGACUGGAUGGAUGUUGGGUACUUGCUGAGACGCAGCUGACAGGAACCAAGAAUCGAAUAUGCAGUCUUCAAUAUAGAAAAACGUGGCGCUUUUCUACCGCUGCAGCCUGCUGUGCUGAGCUAUCCCUACAUACUAUACCAGGUUUCGUCCAAAGCCAAAAUGCAUCCUCAGGGUCAGUAAGACGAGACCAAUCCCCCCAACAUCUCCAGAUUUAUCACGUGGAGGAGACACGGGACAGGAUCACAGAAAGGUGCUGUAGCAAGAUCAAGAGGCGCCACCAGCUAAUCAGCCACAAUGAUUCAUCUUGUGUCGGCCGCGGCUUCUUCUCCUUCAAUGACGCCGUUUUCGGCCGGGCACAAGGUCACAGGCGUCCGACGGUCCGAGUCGCGUCAUACGGACUCGUCGUGUUCGCUGCGGGUUUCGGGUAA